AUGCGCGCGGUUGCAGCGCCGGCGUGCACUGUAGGCGGCAAAGCUAUCCUGCGCGCGACUGCUGCAGACAUCCAGGCGUCAGCUGCCCCAGGGCCAGACAGCGACGCCGCUCCUGACGGCAGCACAGACAGCCCCAUCAAGCCUGGCACGGCUGCCGCGCCAGGCGCCAAGCCCGGCGAGAAGAAGUCCAACAACAUGCUGUUGUCGGAGGGCCUGCUGAGCGUCAGCAUAGCGAUCAUAGGGGACGACACAGCACUCAACUGGUCUGUCUGCCAGGCUCUGUCGAAGCGCAUCGGCUGGUUCCCCGUGUCCACCAGCCGCGUGCUGUGCGGCAUGCACAAGGUGGAGUCCAUCGAUCAGCUGGUGGAGCGCGAUGGCUACGACGCAGUCGCCACCUACGAGGGGGAGAUGCUGCGGGGCAUGCGGGACCAGCGGCGCUGCUGCGUUGCGACCCUGGGGGAUGGCGCCAGCACGCGGCCGGAGAUUUACGACACCCUGGACGCAUCACUCAUCAUCUGGAUAGACGAGGCCGACCAGCGCGCCCCCAAGGCAACAAGCCCCGCCCGCGAGCUGUGGCGCGCCCACACCGAGCUGCCCGUGCGCGUGGCCGUGCCCAUGGGCUUCUCGUCCAAGCGGCGCACUGUUGAGGACAAGGCCAGGGAGAUCGUGGGGCCCUUGGCCAGGGGUCUGCUGCAGAUGCUCAAGGAGGACCCGCAGCUGCCAGCGAGGAAGCUGCUGUACGGCGAGAUGGGGUACCGGGGCGACUGGCCGCAGCUCAUGCCGCCGAACUGGAACCCGGUGCUGGACCGGCUUGGGGCAGGGGGCGCAGCCGGAGAGGAGGCCGCACUGCAGCAGGACGGAGCACAAACGCAGCAAGUAGGAGGUGGCGGCGGGGACGUCGGUGCGGGCACAGUGGUUUCCUGA